GUUGGUUGCCAGCCGCCAUUAAACGAUAGAAGAAGUAGAAGAAGAAGCGGGAAAGGUAUAAACAAAAAUGGAUGUCAGAGAAGACUCCUGUGAUGAUUUAGACAUUCUCCCUUCGUCAAAUUUACAAUUGUACGAGUCGCAGUUUUUCGGCUUCACUCCGCAGACAUGCAUGUUGCGGGUCUACAGCGCCUUCUGGGACUGUCUGUGCGACAUCCUGCCGGUCGUGGAGACAGAGUGUGUGCGACAACUGAGGAAAGGCAAGUCGGAAGCAGCGGUGGAGCAGCUCCGGGUGCGAGCUAGGGAGUGUACCCGGAAGCUACAACACUUUUUAUGUCAGCGUUUUAAGCAGAUAUCAGAGGCCAUGGAUGCGCUUUUGGUUACUCGCUGUUUGACUAUUCCGCCCAAUGUCCUGCUGCCGGAGGACCAGCCCCACAGUAAACAUCCCCAGGACACGCAGGGUAAAGAAAACCAUCACAUGAGCAAGCACAACUGGAUGCAAGGACAAAUUCCCUGUAGGGAAGAAACCUCAAACCUGGAGAUGCUCAGACUGGAGUCGUCCAUGACUGACCUCCACAGGGCCUAUGAGGCGGAGGUGUGCGCCAGACAUGCUUUGCAGGCCGAGCUGGAGGAGCAAGCAGUUGUGCAGAAGCAGCUGGAUGACUUCCUGACAUGGAUCAGAGAGCUUCAUGCUUCCUGGCUAAUGGAGGGAAACGGCAGCUUCCAGGAAAGUUUCCAACUGGUGACGGCCUCUGUGAAGAAACUGCAAGAAGCCAUUGUGGAGGUGUGCAACAAGGCCCCUUGAUAAAAUUAUAUUACUCGUUAAUGUUACUGCCAAGACUUUUUGCAGUUGGCUCUACUCUUAAACCUGUUUGACAGCAAUGCGAGAGAGGUAGAAGCUAAAAAUCUUCAUCAUUGUUUUAAUAUUGUUUGUCCUUAAUAAAUUUAAACUGGCGUAUC